AUGGAUAACGAGAUUUAUUUCUUCUGGGAUAACACUUUCAGCGUGACCAACCUAGUCUUUGUAUUGAGUCUUCACUUCAUGUCGAUACAUUCGUGUAUCUUCUCUCAGUGGGGGAUAAACCUUCUAGAUUGGAUUAUACUAAUCUGCAUGGAUUAUAGGAAAAGCAGAACAACAACACGACUACUCUUUGCCAUGCUAGUUAUUGACGGUACAGUCACACUCGGAGUUGUAAUUGAUGGGCUCAUUGUAGAAAAAGUGAGCGCUUUUGCUCUUCCAGGAAACAUCAGCCAAUGUGGCAUACAAGCUACUGCUCCAGUAGUUCAGAAAUACCUGUAUUGGGGAAUUGUUCUCAUAUAUCAGACAAUAGCAGUAGGUUUAGCAUCCUACAAGGCCAUGUAUCUUCGAAAGACUUUGGGUUUCCGAGGAAUUCAACUUGUGAAUACUAUUAUAACGGACCAAAAUAUCUAUAUCACUUUCGUUCUAGCUUGCAGCAUCACAAACAUAUUUGCCACGUUGACAGAGCACAAGGGGAUAGUCCGCGAGAGGAGCACAUAUAUUUGCGAUUUUUGGACACCGGAUGCUCGUACAUUUGAAGCAAACUGCUGA